UCCCGGCCUCGAGCGAUCCUCCUGCCUCGGCCUCCCAGAGUGCUGGGACGACAAGGCGUGAGCCUCCGCGCGCCCGGCCUAGAGCGUGUCCUGCAGCCGCCAGCGUAGAUCCGUGCCUCGGAUCCCCCGGUGGCCGUCACCCCGGCCCUGCAGUGAGCGAGUCCCGUCAAAUCUCGGUCCGUGCCCGGCCUCCGCGGCCGGCCUCCCUUGCGUCAUUUGGAGGCUAAUCUCUCAUCUCAAAGCAUUUCGUCCCAGGAGGCCGUCUCUAGAGAAAAAUGGAAAAGCUAGGCGUGGCGGUGCGGGCCUGUCGCCCCAGCUGCUCCCAUGGUCCCAGCUACUCUUGUUGCCCCAGCUGCUCCCUUCGUCCCAGCUACUCCCAUGGUCGCAGCUACUCCUGUGGUCUCAGCUACUCCAGUAGCCCCAGCUACUCCUGCAGUCUCAGCUACUCCUCUCGUCCCAGCUUCUCCAGUCAUUGCAGCUACUCCUGUGGUCCCAGCUGCUCCUGUCGCACCAGCCAUUCCUUUGUCGCCCCAGCUACUCCUGCGGUCCCAGCUACUCCUGUCGUCCCAGCCAUUAUACUUUCAGCCUCUCCCGUCAUCCCCAGCUACUCCAGUCGUUACAGCUACCCCUGUGGUCCCCGCUACUCCUAUUGCCCCAGCUACUCCUGUAGUCUCAGCUAUUCCUCUCGUCCCAGCUUCUCCAGUCAUUGCAGCUACUCCUGUGGUCCCAGCUGCUCCUGUAGUCCCAGCUACUCCUAUUGCCCCAGCUACUCCUGCAGUCUCAGCUACUCCUCUCGUCCCAGCUUCUCCAGUCAUCCCAGCUACUCCUAUCACGCCAGCCAUUUCUAUCGCCCCAGCUACUCCUGCAGUCCCAGCUACUUUUGUGGUUCCAGCUACUACUGUCGUCCCAGCCAUUAUACUCUCAGCUGCUCCAGUCGUUCCAGCUACUCCAGUCGUUCCAGCUACUCCUGUAGUCCCCGGUACUCCUAUCACCCCAGGUACUCCUAUUGUUCCAGCUACUCCUAUCACCCCAGCUACUCCUGUCCUCUUAGCAAUUCCUAUCGCCCCAGGUACACCUAUAGUCUCAGCUACUCCUGUCGUCCCAGCUACUAUCACCCCAGGUACUCCUAUUGUUCCAGCUACUCCUAUCACCCCUGCUACUUCUUGUCUUAGCAAUGCCUACUGCCCCAGGUACUCCUAUAAUGUCAGCUACUCCUGUCGUCCCAGCUACUCCUGUCACCCCAGGGACUUCUGUAUUCUCAGCAAUUCCUACUGUCCCAGGUACUCCUAUAGUCUAAGCUACUCCUGUAGUCCCAGCUAUUACUGCCAUCCCAGCUAUUCCUAUAGUCUCAGCUACUCCUGUAGUCCCAGCUAUUACUGCCACCCCAGCUAUUCCUAUAGUCUCAGCUACUCCUAUCACCCCAGCCACUUCUGUCUUCCCAGCUGCUCCUAUCACCCUAGCUACUCCUGUCACCCCAGCUACUCCAGUCAUCCCAGCUACUCCUGUCGUCCCGGCUACUCCAAUCGCCCCAACUACAUUUCUCAUCCCAGUCACUCCUAUCCCCCCAGCUACUCCUGUAGUCUCCGCUACUCCUGUCAUCCCAGCUACUCCUACAGCCUCAGCUACUCCUGUCUUCCCAGCUACUUCUAUAGUCCCAGCUACCCGGGAGGCUGAGGCAGGAGGAUCUCUGGAGCCCGGGAGCUGGAGGUUGCUGUGAGCUAUGAUUGCGUCACUGCACUCCAGCCUGGCCGACACAGACAGAACUAUGACUCCUAAAAAUGAUAAUAAUAUCAAGUUCCAUGAUUUUUAUAAAAGAAUUUAAAAAAAAUGAAAAAUAUUAAAAUUAAAUUAAAAACAGCAAAAAAGCCAAAACAAAACUAAUAAUAAUCACCUGUGUCAACAUCCCAGCGUGAAUCUAUAAAAGAUAUAAACACUUAAAAAAUAUCUAUAACAAUAUUUAUUGAUAUUAUCUUUUUUAUAUGUAACAAUAUUAUUUUUAUAUCUAAAAGUAUUGACACUUUCUUCACAGCGCCACGCAGCGGGUCUGUGUUCAGAUGUGUGAUUGCUCAUGAAAAUCACAUAUUUUGUUUUUUUUACCCAGUUUGUUAAAUUAAUUGGCCAACUAUAAAUA